AUGGGCCCCUUUGCGUACGUCUUUUUCUUCGUCAUCCCGCUCGCCUAUGUUGCCAUUUUCUUCGCCAUCGUGCCCUUGGGCGACCCGCGCCUCUCGGAUAUCUCGGACCAGUGGGUCUUCAUUUUUAUCAGCAAUGGCGCCGUCGUCCUCGCCAUUUCGUACCUGUACAACGCCGCCUUUCUGAGCAUGGCUAGGUGUGAGACCCCGUUCCGCACGUCCCUUAUUCCCCUCGCCGCUGUCUUCGUUGCCGAGAUUGUCGUUUUGACUCCGAUUCUCCUAACGUACGGCGUUUUCAAUUGGCUUGGCAUUGCUGCGCUUAGCGUUUGCUAUGUUACUCUUUACGGUUCUAUGCUUUUGGCGUACCACGAUAUACGCCCCAUGGUUCACUCUUUCUUCAAACGGUUCAUGCUUCUGCUCAUCCUUUAUAUUCCCCUGCUCGUCGGAUACGUCAUCGCGUAUCGUGAGAUCACUUCAUCGGCUGGGCAAUCAGCCCUUAGUUUUUGCUUAGCAUUCAUCACCUUCAUUUAUCGUCGCGUGAUGCUGUCCCAACUGGACCCGUUUCCGCUCGAGUUCAGUCAGCUCAUGGCAGGGUUUUGGGUCCAGAACCUGAGUGAUUGCACAGCUGUUCUUGCUUUCCCACAAGUUCGCAGCCCUUCCGUCUAUGCAGCUCUCUUUUUAUCAACUUCGCUUCAGAACGUGGCAUUCCUUGGAUUUGUCUCGGAUAUGUGGAUAUACACACUCCGCCCUACCAUUAAGAAUACAGUUUUGAACGGAAUCAAAUGCAAUUUUCCGCUUCCUCCUGUUCCCAAACCAGACGAAACCUUCGAUCGCGUCAACCGAGGGCAUGAUGCGAACGUUGGUGGUUAUCGUCGAAGACAGUUCCGCUUCUUUUUCUUCAGGUUAUUGUCACAAGCAGUCGCAAUGGUGAUGUAUCUGGGCAUUUCCCCAAUGCUCCGCUAUGGACUAAACAAGGAGUACACACCGCUAUCGUUGAUUCCACAUGAAGAAUAUCGCAACUCGAUGAUAUUCUCCGCGGGAAAUUUGGUGUUCAUCGCGUUAGUGGGAAUAUUUGGUUACGUUUUCUUGCAUCGAAGCCACCAUGCGACAUUCCAUGAGAUUCGAGAAAUCCAUAUGCACGACAUAUUGCAUCACACGAUGGUCGGCAUGGUAACAGCAAUUAUUACUCACAACAUGAUCGUUACGAUUGCAAUUAUUCUCUCACAGUAUUGUAUCUUCUCAUCGUUCGACGGUGCGACAGAGAUGGAGCGUUGUGUAAUGACAACAAUUAACAACUAA